CCUUCCCCCUCCCCCAUUCUCCUCAGGCCGCCGAGGCCUAGCCCGACCCGAAGCCUGCAGCUCCUACGACGACGAAGGCAGGAGAGGUCACGGGUUACUCGGAUUUACUAAACCCAUCUGAUUGGUUAACCCAAAGAUUUAAUAUCAGUGAAGAUGUCCGUCAUCCACAAAAGGAAAUAUUAUUUAGCAAGAUUGUGAGAGUCUUACCAUGAGUUUGGAUUUUCCAACUAAUGACAGCACUGAUGAGAUCAACAGACACCAAAACAUGCCCACUGACCCAAAGCCAACCAAUAAAAGCAACUGCUGCGACUUGGACAUCGCUACCGAACUGAGGAAGAAGCUUCACAGAGCCAAAAGAGAAAAACUGGAUUUAACAGCGAAGCACAAUGCGGAGCUAUCAGUCUGCGAGAGCCAGAUCGCCAAACUGCAGUCCGAAGUGGAAAAAGGAGAGGCCGUUAGACAAAGUCUGGAAUAUGAAUUGGCUCUGGUCCGAAAGGUUGCAGGCCUUGAAAGAUUUGCGGCUGAAGAAAAAUUAGCUGAGGCACACAAGAUGCACAGAGAACUUCUUACACAAAAUUCAGAACUGCAGGAGAAGGCAAACGAAGUGGAGAAAGCAUUUCACACCUCUCAGCAGAACUGGAAGGAAGAAUGCAGACGGUUUGAAAAUGGCUUGGAGGAGAGAGAGAACUUAAUUCAAAGCCGCCAUCGAGAAUAUGAUUUGCUCGUUCAGGAAAAAAUUAGACUAGAGAGUGUUUUGCAGGAGCGAGAUAGAGCCAUGCAAAAUAUGUCCAAGAAAAUAGAAAACCUUGAAGCCGAGCACAGUGGUUGCUCUGAUCGCCUAUGCCAGCAAACAAGCGAACUUGAGCUCAGUACUGAACGAGAGGGACGGCUUAAGAAAGAAUUUGAGGCAGCUAGCUUGCGUGUGAAGAAGCUAGAAGAAAUCAUCGAAGCAGAGAGAGCAGCACAUUUGGAGUCUAAAUUUAAUUCUGAAAUUAUACAGUUACGGAUUCGAGACCUCGAAGGAGCUUUGCAAGUGGAGAAGGCCAGCCAGGCGGAAGCUGUGUCUGGUUUGGAGAUGAUCAAGAAUGAGUUCAAAGAAGUGGAGAAUGCAUAUGAGAGAGAAAAGCAUAAUGCACAAGAGAACUUUUCAAAACUACAGCUAUUAGAAAAAGAAUAUUUUGCCAUAAACAAACAACUCGGUGAAAAGAUUGAAGAUCAAGAGAAAGUGAUUUCAGACCUUUCAGAGAGACUCCAAGAAAGUGACAAGAGUUGUGAUGAGUUACAGAAAGAACUUGUAAUGGUCAAGAAGCAGCAGGCCUUCCUGACAGAGACAGGUGAAAAUAAAGUCAGAGAGCUGGUGUCACUCUUGGGCUGCUUUCCUGUGUCAAGCGAGCAGACAACAGGUAUCCACACUAACCAAGGCAAAGGUCCCAGCUUCUCGGUUGUCCUUGAGGCUUUGAGACGUACCUUGACAGAUUACCAAAGCAAGCUAGAAGAUGCUUCGAAUGAGCUAAACGACAUGAAAAUUGUUUUGGAAAAGGUGUGUAAAGAACUUGACUCUUCUAAACAGAAGAUCCACUCUCAAAGUCUAAAUCUAAAGGAAGCGGAGGACAACGCGGUUGAUGCCAGCAAAGAGUUGAGUCACCUGCACACGAAGAUUGCCGAGCGGGAGGCUGUGAUAAGCACUUUAAAAAUGGAGCUGCAGAAGGUGCUCCACUGUUGGGAGAAAGAGAAGGUGCGGGUUAUGGAAUCUGAAAGUGAAAUCCAGAGGCUUACCAAGACUUACCAGAAGGAUGCGGAGGAGAAGCUAACCUUCCUUCAUACUUUGUAUCAGCACCUGGUCGCAGAAUGCGUGGUCAUAAAGCAACCAGAAGACUUGCUUGGUACUUUCUCUUGGCCAGAGCUUUGUGUUGUCAUACAAGAGAACAUCAAUGCCUUGAUCUUAGACCUCAACAGAGCUAAUGAUAAGGUAGCUCAUCUCGAGGACGUUUGUAAGGACAAGUGUGAUACGGUGAGGGAACUGUGGCAGACCCAAGAAGACGCCUUCAGCAAAGUGGCGGAGCAGAUGAAAACCCAGGAGGGCCGUUGGCAGAAACAGAAGAAGGAGCUGGAACAGCAGUACUCGGGCCUCCUAAGGGAGGUUCAUAUCAGGGCACAGAAAUUCCAGAAAAUUGCUGAAAAAAACACGGAAAAAGUCACCCAGGUUGAAAAAGCCCGGGAGCAGCUGAUCCUGGACAAUUCACGCUUCCAGAAUGCGUUAGCCCAGACUCAGAAGGAACAGAGGUCCCUGUUGUCAGCUUGUGCAUUGAUGGCGGGCGCCUUUUAUCCCCUUUACCACCGAUCCUGUGCCUUGUCCGUGCAAAGAGACUUUCUCAAGGACCAGGUCGAGACGUACGAAAUUCUCAAAGGAGAACUGCGAACUCUCGUCCAGGCUCUGUCCGAUGCCGAGGAAAGGGAGCCGGAUGAAGCCCAGGCGAGGAGGAAGCCCUUCAGGGGACUGCUGCGGAAAUUCCGGAGGGGGGUGAUUGUAGUUUUGGCGGCCAACAGGCUUCGGGUUUUGGGCCAAACGUGCAGCUUUCUCUUCAGCUGGAUGGAGAGCUUCAGAGAAGGAAUCGGAAUUCUCGUGUGCUCAGGAGACCCCAAAGGCCAGCGUCGUUCUCCAGGGCCUCAAAAAGAGCAGAUGCGUUCUCUUCAAGCCCUGAACUGGUUUACCAGUGCUGACCUACUUAUUGCAAUCACCAGUUCUAUGGCUGAGUUACAGGAAGUCCUUGUUAAAACAGAUCCAAAUUCUAGACUCGGUGGACAUUUACUCCUCAGCGCGGCCAAAAAUUCGUUCGUCAAACUGAUGGACAGGCUGGGCAUGGCAAUGGAGAGGGCACCGCUGAGCAGUAGCCGAGACAUUACCCUUUUGGACAAGGAUUCCCUUGUUCAGCGUUUGGCCCGAGGACUCCACCGAACAAACACGCAGGCCCUCAAAUACGGCCUCAGUGGCUCUGCGCCCAUUACGAGGAGCACAGUGUCCUUGCAGAAGCAGAUCCUUGAGUUUACACAGAGACUACACGCGGCCGAAGUGGAACGGCGCUCCCUCCGCAUCGAGCUCAAGGAAUUCAAACGGAGCGGGAGCGAGAUGAAAAAGGAACUUGUCAGAGCCCAGAGCCUGGAAGCGGAACUGAACGAUUUGAAGCAGGCGAAAGCGAUCCCGUAUGAGAAGUUCGAGAGCGCCUGUACGGAACUGAAUAACGCUCUGCUCCGCGAGCAGCAGGCUCAGCUGCUUUUGAACGAACAAGCCCAACAGCUCCAGGAGUUAAAUUAUCAACUCAAAUUGCACUCCAGCGAGGAAGCCGAUAAAAAGCAAAUCCUAGGGGAAGCUGUUAAGAGUCUGUCCGAGGCCAAGUCGGAGCUGAGAAGAAAAGAUCAGUCCCUUCGCCAGCUCAACAGACACGUUACCCAGCUGGAGCAGGAGAAGCGUCGUCUGGAGGAGAGCAUCCGCGAUGCAGAAAGGGCCCUCCGCCUGGCUGCCAAAGAUAAAGAAUGUAUUGCAGCUCACAUGAAAUCCGUGGAAGACAAUCUUCACAAGAUCAGAGAUCAGAUCUCACUGUCGUGGACAUCAGCCACCGAGGGGGACUUCACGCUGCAGCUCCCCAGGGUGACCCUGGAGAACUUAGUCGGAGAGGAGGGGCUCAAGGGGCGGCCGGAAGGAGCAGCUUGCCAGGCCGUGAUUAAAAGUUUCAUGGACAUCUAUCAGCUCGCAAGCUCUAGAAUUGCUACGCUAGAAAGAGAAAUGACGUCCUAUCAGAACCACAUCGCAACCCUGAAGUCAGAGCUCCAAACUGCUUGCCUGCGUGAAAAUGACAGUUUGUAACCAGAAAAGCAGGGCCUCAUUAGUCCUGAUUUACUUCAGC